AUGGCCUCCCUCCGCACCACCUCCCGCCUCUUCGCUGCGUCGCGGCCCCUGUUCCGGCCCGCCAGCUUCGCUCGCUCUUAUGCGACCGUCGAGGCCAAGAAUGUCGACCCUGCCGCCUCCGAGAACCCCAAUAUGAAGACCUUCAAGGUCUACCGCUGGAACCCGGACACCCCGACCGAGAAGCCCACCAUGCAGAGCUACCAGCUCGACCUCAACAAGACCGGUCCCAUGAUGUUGGACGCCCUGAUCCGCAUCAAGAACGAGAUCGACCCGACCCUGACCUUCCGCCGUUCCUGCCGUGAGGGUAUCUGCGGUUCCUGCGCCAUGAACAUUGACGGCGUCAACACUCUGGCCUGCUUGUGCCGUAUCCCCACCGACACCGCCAAGGAGUCUCGCAUCUACCCUUUGCCUCACACCUACGUCGUCAAGGAUCUCGUUCCCGAUUUGACCCUCUUCUACAAGCAAUACAAGUCGAUCAAGCCCUACCUCCAGCGUGAUACCCCCAGCGCCGACGGCCUUGAAAACCGUCAAAGUCCCGAGGACCGCAAGAAGCUUGAUGGUCUCUACGAGUGCAUUCUGUGCGCCUGCUGCUCGACCUCUUGCCCCUCAUACUGGUGGAACAGCGAGGAGUACCUCGGCCCCGCUAUCCUGCUCCAGUCUUACCGCUGGCUGAUCGACUCUCGUGACGAGAAGACCGCCGAGCGCAAGGCCGCUCUUGACAACAGCAUGAGCGUGUACCGCUGCCACACUAUCCUGAACUGCACGCGGACCUGCCCCAAGGGUCUGAACCCCGGCCGUGCCAUCGCCGAGACCAAGAAGAUUCUGGCCGCUUAG